AGCACCAUAAACCGGCCAGGACCAAUAAUGGCUUUAGAAACCAAGUGGAGAAGUUCUCACAAUUAAGGUGGGGAAUGAGGACAGCUAUGACAGGCACAUAAAUACACAGAAAGGCAGCUCUGUGUGCACACUGUGAGCUCAGGGACUGAGACAACACCUCCUGCUCCGAUCUGGCUUGGACUAAAGAGCUCCCUGCAGCAUGAGGGCUACAGGUGCCUUAGUGCUUCUCAGCCUGCUGCUGCUCUCUUUCUUCUCGGUUCCAGAUGUAGCAGGUCAAGAGAUCGAAGAGAUUUGUAGAGAGUUCAUAAACAGAAGCGUGUACUGCACGAGGGAGUCCAACCCUCACUGCGGCACGGAUGGAGUCACGUAUGGGAACAAGUGUGCCUUCUGCAAGGCAGUGCUGAGAAGUGGAGGGAAAAUAAGGUUGAAGCACCUGGGGAAAUGCUGAGUCCUCCCUGGACCGAGCCGCAGGAGCUGAGCCGCCAUCGGUGCGGACACGGGAUCAGCCUGUCCUCCUCUGCUGUCUCUGCUCAAUAAAAUCAAACUCAGCACGA